UAUAAUGCGGUGGAGGAUAGAAGCAUCAGGGAGCAACAUGAUACCUCGAAUUUUACUGCUUUUUGCAAUGUUGUCAAUUAGCGUUUGCGACGCGGCCCGAAGACCAGCGCAGCGCAGAAAGGACACGUCUCGAUCUGCGGAUCUCUACGAACCCGCUCCAAGCGCUGAGAGUCUAACGGCGAUAGCACAGGCUAUGGGAGCGGCCGGUUUUGAACACUAUACGGAGGGGCGCGCUCUGGUCAAACGGUUGAUACCACCUGACAGUCAGCCGGACCUCGACGUUGUUGAACAUCAAGGUGUGAUAGGCAGGGCUGGUAUAGACUUCCCGGCGUACCCGAACAUCCCAAAUACAGGCUUCAACUGCAAGAACGCACCAACAGGAUACUACGCUGACUUGGAGACAGAGUGCCAGGUAUUUCACAUCUGUGAUACAUCACGAAAGAUUUCGUUCCUGUGUCCAAACGGCACCAUCUUCAGCCAGUCCCACCUCAUCUGUGACUGGUGGUUCAAGGUGGACUGCGCAUCAGCUCCAGCUCUCUAUGAGUCCAGUGCUGAGUAUUACUCAAAUGAGCAAAAGAAGACACAAAAGAUAACGCAGGUUCUCAGCAAGAAUUCUGAUCUCCAACAAAUUGGCACCGACAACAAUUUCCGAGCAGAAUCUAGAAGAACAUCGGUUAAUAUACCUACAGCUACUGAACGACUCCUAAGACACCGACAAAGACUUCGUGCUGACUCCCCGGUAUCAAACACGAAAUUAACUUCUAGAAGCUACCAAGGGUUAUUUGACUCCAAUCCAACACAAAGAACACAAACUACAGCUGCUUUUGAGAACAAAAGAAGAAACCUGGUGCAAUUGAUUACGAAUGGUUUCGGCAAUACUCCAGUAAAACCUACCUUGCCUACUUAUACUGAAGCUCCUUCAUUUAGAUCAACCUUAGCUGCCGGUGAUUACAACAGUAUUAAAGAAAUGCAAGUCGCUGCUGAAUCAGCAUCAUUUACAAAUAACAAUAAUAGACAAUUUUUACAGGAUUAUAAUAGUAAAAACUACCGACCCUAUCCAGUUUAUACUCCUAAUCUCACUCCAAAACCAAGCAAGACCAAGAAUAAUCCAAAUUUAACUACUUUAUAUGAUAUUCGUGACAAAAACUUGAAUCAGGGGAGACAAGAAACAACUACAAAGCGAACAGUAACUUAUGACAUAACAACGAAACAGGCUUCAACUCAAGAUACGACAACAAAGCGACCUACUUUGAUGCCAUACACUAAAAGUUACACUACUAGUGUGUACGAUAGACGAGACCCCUAUACAAGACCUGGAGUAUCCUUGCUAAAAAGUUUUUUCGAUAAAGAAAAGAAUAAGACUUGGGCUAUAACUGAGAAAAUCACCGAGAUUACUCCCAGAGCUUUCCAAACAGAAACUAAACCUAUAACUACUACAGAAAAUAUUAAAAUCGAUACAAAGAGUGCAUUUGAAUCGGCAACAAAAAUACCUCAAACAACCAGAAGUGAGCAUUUACUAUCCACCGGAAUACCUUCCUCUGAUAGGUCAGACAUAUUUUCUAAAUCUACAAAUGAUUUGAUUCAAGUUACAACUGAAGCAUAUCAAGAACGAAGAGACAGGCUUAUCAGGAAACUGAAUUUUGAGAACUUUGGAUAUUCAUCACCCACUUCACCUACAACUGUAACUGACAAAUACUAUGGAGAUUUACCUAACCGACCCGGAUUAGUAGUUCCGCCAUCAUUGACUCCAAAAACACUACAUAGUUUAGCUAUUUAUUAUGCAACCGCUAUAGAUAACAUAUCCACCACUUCAUCACCUGAAGAAGAAACAGAAACUACGUCACCUCAAUUUGACGAAUAUGAGCAAGGGUUGCCAGCGCUUUUCAGUAUGCAAACUAUCAAUAAAUACAGUAAUCUAUUUACGAAUGGCAAAAUGAAAGAGGAUUUGCUUGAAGAAAUUAAAUUAGACACUAAUGGGACGUACAAUGAACUAGCAGAAGAUUUAACUGUUCAACAGAGUCAAAAUCCAAUUGCCACUUCUCCUCAAAUUAGAGAACUAGCUCAAGUAUUUACUCAUGCUCUAUCUGCAUACCUGCAAGACCCGGUACAAUUCAGAAAAGCUUUAUCUGAUAUUAGACCCACUCAUCCAUCAUUUGCAGACAUGAUGGCAACUGAAGUAUAUAAUACUGAAUCAACAACAACAGUGAAUGAAGAUGAUGAUGAAAUAUUAGGUUUUUCAGAUGACAAUAAAAUUUCCAGGCCUUUGAUUUCUUUGAGAGAUGCAAAAUCUAUUAAUCUUUCCACUAAUUAUCCAUCGAUAACUGAGCAACCAACUACACAACACGUGGCUAUUACUGAAACUGUACCAAGCAAUUACCAAACAACCACUCCAAGAAGUCCUUUCAGAUGUUGUGGCAGAAUAUCUGCUUCAUAUACUACUGCGUCCACCCCUAUUGUUGUGACAACGCCUAAUAGUUUUACUAAUACCAUUACUGCUAAGAUCAGCUCUCUUGUUAAUAACAGUGAACCAUUCAUUACCUCGACCGAAAGCUCUUAUGCAACACCUACCUAUGUCGGAGUCCGUAUAAAUACAGCAUCUGAUUCAGCUUCACCAUACGGUCAAGGAUUAAAUCCUACAGACGCCAAGCCUUUAAAUGAAUAUGUUCAAUCUACUAACCUACCAACUGCUUGGGGUAUUGAUAUAUCAGAUUCGGCGGUACCAUUGACAAAUGUGAAUCAACUUGAUGGUUUUGAAAGUAAGAAAAUUAAGAAUGCCGCCGAAAUCGCAACCACGGCACCUGUUUAUUUCACUGAAACUGAUAGUAUUGAAUUAGAAAAUGAAGAGGAAUUACAGAGAGCGCAUAGUCAAUCAUUUGUAAGUCCACAAGAUAAUAUUAUAAAUAAUCGUCAUGGAAAACAAGUAAAUCUUGAGGACAUUAAAUCACAGCCAAAGCCCUCUGAAGAAUUAGAAGCACCAUCAAUACCAGACACAGAAGCGACCACCGUAUUCACUACAACUCAACAACCGCCGACGACGACAGUAAAAACUGAGGAACUUGAUAUUACUACGCCUUCGUCGGUUCCUGAAAAAAUAUUUACUUCCCCCGACGUCGAAAAGACAACAGGUCAAUUUCAAUGGUCUAGCACUUUUGGUAACUGGCAAUCCACGUAUAUUGAUCCUAUUACUUUAAAUGAUGGUUUAAGCCCAUCUGGACCUGAAGAAGUAUCCCAAGUAGCGAAACAAACAAAUAGCUGGGAGACCAACACGGCCACCACAGUUUCGUCAUUAUAUACUGGCUCUAGUGAACAAUCUAUAUCGCCAUCUGUAACUAUUGAGGUAACAACACCUACAAGCAUAUCUGAUAACCGAAUUGGAAGGUAUAUAAAUGAUCAUACAUCAACUGAACCCGCUCAAGAUUUAUCCACAAUCACGGACACUGUUGUAGAAAAAGCAAAGGAAAUAAUGGGAGGUAUGAACGCUACAACUACAGAGAAACUCAUGAACGUGAUGAAAAAGACUAAAUCCAAAAGUGUUAAGAGAUUGAUACUUCUUUUGGUUCAAACAUGCGACGAUGACCACAAUACAACAGCGGAGGCCUCUAAAAAAGCUUUAUUAGAAGCUCUAAUGGCAGUUUCUCAAAAAGACAUGGAUGAAAUCGCCAAAGAGGAACUCGAAGAGAUUCCAUUAACUACGACUGAUUAUGAAUCUGUAGGAACAACAGUGAAUAAGAGGAAUGAGAGGCGGAGACCUAAAAGUUUAAACUCUGAGUCGCAGGCAAUUAACUCUCUAUCGAAUCCAACAGUGACAGAAGCAGUGCGGACAACUACUGAAGUUGUAACAGAGAUUAUACCUACCACAUUAAGUCCUGUGAAGUCUUCACCAGUCAAUAGGAGGGGUCAUAAAAAGUUUAUUGUCAAAACGACCCCAAUUGAAGAUAAAACUACGAAAUCCCCUGAUGUACCUCAUGCGGAAGCUAGGAUAGCACCGCACGAACCACACCUAAAAGGUGCAUCGGACACAAGAGCGUUAGAAUUAUUAAGGUCUCUUUACACUAUUGCGUCACGGUGGGGCUGAAGUUACUAGACUGUAUUAAGGUACUGAGCAUAUACGUUUAUAUUUAGGGGGUUUGGUUGCAUUUUGAUAAACUUUUGCAUAAAGUGACAAAAAUACUCAUUUGUUAUAUCAGUUAUGUGUUUCUAAAAAAAUGAAACUACUUAUUUUCAAAUUGGGACUGUAUAUAAAAACUAAAAUUUUACUAUCCGAGCAAGGAAUUAAAUGGAAAAUUAUUAUUAUAUCUUAUAAAAUUGUUUGAAAAUGGAUAAUUUAAUCUAUAUUACUAGUUAAGAGAUUGUUGAAGUCCCUAAAUAUAAAUAAAAUUGUAAAUAUGUGAUUUUUGUAGAUAAUUAUAUUGGUAUUCAAAAUUUUGUUUGUCAUGGUUCUCUUUUUUCAAUAAUUGUGUUAUAAAUUAUAACAUGUUAUUGAAAUAAUGAUGUAUAAAGCUCAUGUUACAUGCAAAUUAUUACACAUUUUUUCGCAUAUAUUAUGUUGAAUAAAAUAUUUAAUAUUGAAAUAAAUCUACCAUAACGCUAUAAUAAUCAAAAUUUUAUCAAUUAAAUUUAUUUUUUCUAGAAAACAUUUAUUAACUAGGCUGCUUUAGGAAAAUAAACAUAAGAGAAACAGUAAUAAAUCUUGGAUUAUUUAUAU